AUGUCAGUGUCAGCAGGAUUUGCAGUUUCCGUGCAAUCUGAAAAGAUGGUUUUUGAUAAACCACAUUGUGUUUCUUCGGUUCUGAAUACAGAGAUGACUCACCUGAAUGUGUUCUCUUUUGUGUUUUGGGGCACCAACAGCAACUUGGAGUCACCACUGAUGUACGAGGUGUCUGCGCCGCGGGAGGGCAAUGCCAGCCACAGCUUGAGAGGCGGCCUGGGGAGCUCCAUCACAGCCUGUAAGAAGAGAACAACAACGACAACAAAAACAAACAAUGGAGUAGCCCACAGUUUGCUGGCCUGGUUAACCUGUGACGCCACUAAAAAUGGAAUUCAUGAGAAUGAUCAGAAAACUCAAGCAGUUCGGAUAGCAUUAUUUACGACAACCGAGAUACGGAAACAACUGAAGUGUGCAUCAGUGGAUGAAUGGGUUCUUUGCAGCAACAGCCUGCUUGAGUCUACAGACUACUGGCUACAGAAUCAAAGGACGCCUUGCCAGAUUGGUUUUGUGGAGGACAAGUCUGAAAACUGUGCUACCGUUUGCUUCGUGAACCUGGAUGUGAACAAGGAUGCGUGCAGCACGGAGCACCUGCAGCAGAAAUUGGUCAAUGUUUCACCAGAUCUUCCAAAACUCAUCAGCUCCAUGAAUGUCCAACAACCAAAAGAAAAUGAAAUUGUCCUUCUAAGUGGGUUAACAUCUGGAAAUCUCCAGGCAGAUUUCAAAGUUUCACAGUGCCCUUGGCUGCCAGAUAUCUGUUUGGUCCAGUGUGCAAGAGGGAACAGGGCAAACAGUACCAACUGCAUCAUCUUUGAAAUCAACAAAUUUUUGAUCGGUCUCGAACUGGUGCAGGAGCGGCAGCUCCACCUGGAAACAAACAUCUUAAAAGUGGAGGAUGACACCAACUGCUCUCUGUCUUCAAUCGAGGAGGACUUCCUCACCGCCUCUGAGCACUUGGAGGAGGAAAGUGAGGUGGAAGACUAUAGGAGCGGUGAUGAAAAUAUAAAUGUCUCCGCUAAUGUUUUGGAAAGUAAAAAACCAAAGGAAGCCACUCAGGAGGGAUGGAAUUACAACAAGGAAAAGUUGCUUUAUGCUUUGGAAGACAAACGUAUUGGCAAAUAUCAUCCAACGAUGAAAGCAGAAGGAUCUCUGGAAAAAGUAGCAGCAGACACCACUUUGCAGAGCCUCGAUGCGUCGGAAUGGAAAGAUGAAGCUGUGCAGAAGGAGAGGCCAACCACAAAUUAUUACUAUUCAGGAAAUGUUAAAGGUCACAUGGAAAAAUCCCAGGCACCGUAUAUUCCAGGGGAUGCUUACUUCUCCAGGAUGGUUAAGAACGGUGGGCCUCCCGUCUAUGGUGCCCUUGCUGAGCGUGACAACAGCUUAGACCCAGGGGACCGUGAAGAUGGUAUAAACUCCCUUCCUCCCAAACAAGAUGGAGAAGCCACAACUGGAGAGUAUGCUACAAAUUUAGCAGAAUCGGUGCUGCAAGACGCAUUUAUUCGGUUGUCCCAUUCUCAGCCUACACCGCCCCAGGAAUCGGCAGUCAGUGUUUCUGUUGGAAAUGCUCUGCUACCCAGUGGCUCUUCCACCAAAGGUAUGGUGGGCCCUCGGUCAUGGGAUGAGCUCCCCAAAAUCGUCAUUGUUCAGAGUCCAGACGGCAGUGAUGCCACGCCUGAGGUGGGCAUCGCCUCAUGGUCUGAGGUGGAGGUCUCUGUUGAAACCUCAGGUGUCCUCUCUGGAGAGAAGUCCAGCAGACACCCUCAGAGUGCUGUAGAAGUCGCAUUGGCUUGUGCGGCCACUGUAAUUGGAACCAUUUCCAGUCCUCAGGCCACAGAAAGGCUCAAAAUGGAGCAAGAAUCUUUGGUUUCACCCCAUCCAGUGGGAGGCAAUGAACCGCUGCAGACUCAAAUAUCCCAAGUGCUCAAAGAGCCAUCCAUCAGUGAAUACUCCUUUCCAUCUGCUCUGUGUGGCAUGACUCAGGUGGCGAGUGCCAUUGCUGUGUGUGGCCUGGGUGAAACAGGAGAGGCGAAGACUCCCAGAGGCCUCUCGUGUGCAGCUGAGGCCUGUGCAGCGGCCCCCUCGCCUUGCAGUCUAGUGACAGUGGGGAACCUAGAGCUGGGAAAUGAGGCCAUUGCUUGGGCAUUGCUCAAGGAAGCUGCUCUGGUUUUAACAAGGCCCAAUCCCUGCAGCGGCAUUGGAGACCUCAUGGAAUCAAUGAGCAAGAGAAUCAUAGAAACUGCUUCAAAGCCUCAGAUCUUGUGCUCCGAAAAUGUCCUCAGGAAUGACCUGGCACAGACCCUGUCCAAUGUUAUCCUGAAGCAAUGCAUUGAUGAAGCUCACCAGAAAAACAAAAUAAUUGAUCCCAACGAUAGCAGGCAUUCACCUGAAACUCUUGACACCUUGAUGGAAAGUGCAAAUCAGCUGCUCUUCAGUGUGAUAUGCUUCACGUUCAAGAAGAUGAGUCAUUUUGUACAGGUUGGGGAAGGCCCCACUGCCCUCACUAAUGAGACCAUCAGCUGGACAGAAACAGAAUUUGGCUGCCGGCCACCUGACCAGGCUUCUGGUCUAACAUGGACCAAAGCCAUUGAAUAUUCCAGCAGCUAUCCACUUAGCAAUUCAUGUAGCACUAGUCUUGUAGAUGAUGUUUAUCUGAAGCAAGAUAGCAAGGGCCCAGCAAAGCCAGGACUCUUCAAGAAACCCAUGCUGCAAUCUGAAUUGCCCUGUAGUCCCAGAGUGCCUGAAUCUUCAACUGCUAAAACACCCCCCAGAGAAAUAUAUCGAAAAGGAACCGCAGGAGAAGAUCCAAACCACCCUCACCAGAUGCUCAGGCACCAUGAGGAUGAGUACAGAGCCCCUUCGGAGGGAGAAUGGACACUGGCAGUGGGCAAGGGCAGCAGAGGUUCCCAGGAUGCAGAGGACGGCACCAGUGCAAACACCCAGGAGAAGUAUAAUCGUGCCUCCCCUCUAAACAAUGAAGUUCAAGUGAACCGGUCUUUGUUAGGGAAUGACUUGCUGCUUCCUGCUCAAUCCAUGCUACAGGCAAAACAUGCAGAUAUACACUGCAUUACAGAUUUUGCGGAAGAAUUAGCAGAGAUGAUUGUCUCCAUGGCAACUGAAAUCGCAGCAAUUUGCCUUGACAACUCAAAUGGAAAACAACCCUGGUUUUGUGCAUGGAAGAGAGGGAAUGAGUUCCUGGUUACCCCGAACGUAUCCUGCCGGUCCUUGAAGAAGAAGAAGGAAAGCCAGACCAGUGGGGCCACAGUGAGGAAGCACAAGCCACCAAGGCUCAGUGAGAUCAAGAGGAAAACGGAUGAGCACCCAGAGCUUAAAGAGAAGCUGAUGAACAGGGUUGUGGAUGAGUCAAUGAAUCUUGAGGAUGUCCCAGAUUCUGUCAAUAUUUUUGCAAACGAAGUGGCAGCCAAGAUCAUGAACCUAACAGAGUUCUCAAUGGUGGACGGCGUCUGGCAAGCCCAGAGCCAUCCCCGGAACCGCUUCCUCAGCGGAGACAGGUGGAACCGACUGAAGGCCUCUAGCUGUGAAAGCAUCCCAGAAGAGGACUCUAAUGCCCAGGCUUAUGUUAAUAGCCUAGGUUUAAUGAGUACCUUAAGUCAGCCAGUUAGCAGGGCCAGCUCUGUCUCCAAGCAGUCCAGCUGUGAGAGCAUCACUGAGGAGUUUUCCAGGUUCAUGGUGAACCAGAUGGAAAAUGAAGGAAGAGGGUUUGAGUUACUCCUGGAUUACUAUGCGGGCAAGAAUGCCAGCAGCAUCCUGAACUCAGCCAUGCAACAGGCAUGCCGUAAAAAUGACCACCUCAGUGUGAGGCCAAGCUGUCCCUCUAAGCAGUCCAGCACUGAGAGCAUAACCGAGGAGUUUUAUAGGUACAUGCUGAGGGACAUUGAAAGAGAAAGCAGAGACAGCACCUCCUCCAGACGAAGCAGCCAGGAUUGGACAGUUGGCUUACUGUCACCUUCUCUGCGAUCCCCAUUGUGUUACAGGCAGUCGUCCAUGCCAGAUGGCAGAUCUCUGGGUGCCAGGCUGACGGUGAAUGCGCCCAUCAAAGCCAACUCUUUAGAUGGCUUUGCUCAAAACAGCCAGCAAGAUUUCCUAAGUGUACACCCAGUCAGUAGCACUUCCUCCUUGGGUCUCUGCAAAUCUGACUCUUGCUUGUAUCGGAGAGGCGGAACUGACCAGAUCACCAACAUGUUAAUUCAUGAGACGUGGGCAAACUCAAUCAAGGCCCUCAUGCGGAAGAACAAAAUUAUAGUGGAUGAUGCCGAGGCAGCUGAGGUUGAGCCUGUUUCUGGUGGCUCUCCCAUGCAAGUGGAGAAAUGUGCAAACAGAUCAGCUUCGAGCAGAGUGCAAAGUGGGCCAGCUCUUCUUGUUCAAGAGUCCAUUGGUAACCCAAGGGAAGACUCCAUUACCGAAAGCAAACAUCCCCCAGUGUUGUCUCCGAGCAAAGCUGCUCCUCUUACAAACCACAACAGUUUAGAUUCUUUUAAAAAGGAAACUUUGUGCCAUGGGGCUGUGCCUGUCAACCACGCCAGGCGGUCACUUUGCUCAAGGGAAGUGCCUUUAAUUCAGAUUGAAACAGAUCAGAGAGAAGAGUGUGUUGGAGAAUCUGAACACUCCCCCUCCAAAAGCAGCCCCCUACAGGAAGCAGAGGAGCAUUUGAAAGAUGAAAAUGUCCCAGAUGUGAUGAGGGGUGGAGACACUGCCAUGAGUGCCUGCCAAAACCCUAGUGACAGUCUUGAUGCCAGAGAUGUAGCAGGGGCUGAAGUCUCGGCAGAAGGCAGAGCCCCCGAUGAGUUCCCCAACCUUUCCGGCAGCAGCGGGGAGAGCACAGACAGCUGGUCCCAGCUUGCCAAUGAGGAGGACAACCCGGAUGACACGAGUAGCUUUCUGCAGCUCAGUGAGCGAUCCCUGAGCAAUGGCAACAGUAGUGCCACUAGCAGUCUUGGCACUAUGGACCUGGACAUUUAUCAGGAAGGCAUACCAACUUCUCCCAUGAUUAAUGAAUUAGUAGAAGAAAAGGAGAUUCUUAAAGGACAGUCAGAAAACGUAGAGGCCUGGGCUUGUGGUCUGUGUUCAGGUAUCUCUGUAGUGCCAAUGGGAGCAGCCAGCCCCCAGGGGAGUCUGCUAGUGAUCAACUUUGACCUGGAGCCAGAGUGUCCUGACGCUGAACUUCGAGCCACUCUGCAGUGGAUAGCUGCCUCUGAACUUGGGAUCCCCACCAUCUACUUUAAGAAAUCUCAGGAAAACAGAAUUGAAAAGUUUUUAGAUGUCGUGCGGCUGGUUCAGCAGAAGUCCUGGAAAGUGGGAGAUAUCUUUCAUGCAGUUGUUCAGUACUGCAAAAUGCAUGAGGAACGGAAGGAUGGGACCCCAAGUCUCUUUGACUGGCUCUUGGAGCUGGGGUAA